AUGCUCAACAGAGUUGAGGUAUGGGUAAGACUGGCUUUCAGCUCUGUGAGAUCUGGUAAUGAAAGACAAAAGCAUAGAAGGCUACAAAAUAAAGUAAAAAGACUUAAAAAAGGCUUAACAGAAGUGUGUUUAUAUGGUGAUGCUGCCUAUGAAAAACACAUUGUUGAGGCCAAGGAAAAAAAACGGAUGCAGAUUCUUUUCAAAAUUCAGAAGACUGUAGCAGAGAGAACAUUUCUCCUCGACCUGAUGAAAAAAUAUGCUAGAGGUCAGGCAGUGGCAACUAGGUUGUCCAAACAGCUGAAACAGACCAACAAGAAAAUCAAAGGUCAUCUGGUUGAAUAUAAUGAACUAGGGGGACAUCAGACAGGCCUACCAGUAAAACUUCACUUUAAUGAUGUGAAAGAUACUGAUGCAGCUAUAUGGACAGGACUGCAGCUGCAUGCAACAAGUGAUGUAGUUCCACAUCGAGUUCAGCAGCAGGCAGUGCAGUAUUAUAGUAUGGUGAAAAGAGCAUUGGAAGAGCAGGAAAUGCUCAAACAGGAAAUGCAUUCAACUAUCGGAUGGUAUCACUUUCAGCAUAAUUCAUUGUUGGAAAUGAUACAAACAGCUUCAAAAGUAGAAUGUGCAUUUCUUGCUAAAGAGGGUCUGCAUACUGAAAUGAUGUUAAAAGUACUGUCAUUAUCUUACCAACCUUUUAUAGAUAUUCAAUUUGAAGAACACUCUGAGUUUUCCUCCAUGGUUGGUAUGACAAAAGUAGACGAAAUCACCUACUCUGACUUCAAGGAAGAGGUAGCUGAGUACAUAUCAGAAAUAUCUUACAAUAUGUCUGAGAAUAAAGACGAUGCAGAGGAGGAGGAGGAGGAGGAGGAGGAGGAAGAUGAUGAGGAAGAAGAUGAAGAAGAUGACGAGGCAGAAAAGGAUGAUGACCAAGAUGAAGAUAUGGAGUACGGUGGUGGCAGCAGUGAUGAUUAACCUGUAUACUUUCAGACAUACUAUAUAUGUUUUAGAAACCUAUAGGUUUUUUGGUUAAAAUUUUUGUUUGUCAACAUUUCUAAAAACUAUUAAAUAUAUCCAUUGAAACUUGGAAUCCUUGUUAACUAUCAAACGGGUAACUUAUACAAUAAGGCAGAUAACCUUGUGAUUUGUUUUUCUGGAAUUAUUGUUCUUGUUUGGAGUUUAAUUUUUGUUUAGGUUUUAAAAAGUGAAGAAAAACUUCAACUCAAUAAUAAGUUAUUUGAUAAAAACUUGCAGAUUUCAAUUUUAAUACUUUUUCUUUGUAUUCAAAAAUCACAAAGUUUUUACCACAGCAAUGUCAUUUCUCAGGUCUGUUGUGAAAAUAUAGAUAUAACCAGAGCUUGAAACUUUUCACACAAUUUGUUCUUAGUAAACCUUAUUACAGACACUAGACCGUGAAGAACGUGUUGGGUGAAAUACCUUUCAGAGGUGAAUAACAAUCUAAUUUCCUUGUUAACAAUUUUUGAUGAAGUUUCCAUGUAUCUGUUGUUUUUAAUAAAAGAUUGUUAUCUCAUACUAGUAUUUGGCACUCUAUGAAUGAUUAAAAUCAUUAAAUUUAUAACAAUGGGUUUGAUUAUAACUGAUUAGAUCGGUUUGAAACUUAAAGACACUGAUUCUGGUAUGUGGCCUAUGGGAAUGAUAAGGUCUGCAUAUUGGUGGUAAUGGCCAAUACACAAGACUGGACAAUUGAUAGACUUGCUUCUGUUUAUCAUAAUAAGCUACUGUAUAGCUACUGUGCAGUACAUAAAUUACAGGUUUACAGGUGUUAUUUCUCACCUUCAUAGCAAAUCAGUUCUCACCUUUAUAACCAGUUUAGAAAGCUUGAAUUAGGGCUGAAUAAACAAAGUGAUAAGAUACAACAGUGUUUUUAUCAUACUUUUAAUAAUCAAAUUUUUUAACAAUUACAUUUCAUCAUUGCUGUUGUUUUUAAUCAAAAAUAUAAAAAAAUGCAUUCAGGCACAUAGCUUUUAGAA